AUGGCGGCAGCGCUGCCUUCUGAGGCCACCACGGCGGCCGCCAUGGUCGAGCGCGCCCGCGCGGAGCGGCGUUGGAGCGACGCCUCCGAGGAGCUGUCGCGCUGGCUGAGCCUCUGCCGCGCCGAGCGCGACGCCGCGGGAUUUCGCAGCAGAGCAUCCGGGCCGGCGUCGGCGCACGGCGUGCGGCUGUCGCCGCGGACCUCCUUCGACCUCGAGGCGGCCGCGCCGCGCGUGAUGGAGCGACUCGCGCGGGAGCGGCUCGCCCGCGGCAAGGGAGGCAAGGCCGGCUCCGCCGAGCGGCUGCUGCACCUCUGCCCCGUCGCCAAGAAGAAUGGGCGCGGCAAGGUGCAGCAGCGGCUGCUCGCCCUCACGACGGGCGCGCUCUACAACCUCUCUGCCGACGGGUCCAAGGUCAAGAGGCGGAUCGACCUCUCCGCGCUCGGCUCCGUCUCCCUGCACGAGUCGUCGGGCGAGUUCGUUCUUCACGUCCCGAGCCGCAGCCUGCCCGUGCGGACCGUGCGGGGAGGGGCCGACUUGGGCGGGGUGGUGCAGCGCAAGGAGCGCGGCGCGGGCGCGCGCAGGCUCGGCGACGGCGACGGCGGAGGCGAGGAGGACGACGACGACGACGAGGGCGGAGGCGAGGAGGGAGAGGAGGAGGAGCUGGGCUUGACGCGGUCGAUUCACUUCUGA